UAAGAAGUGUCUCUUUUGGACUUUUAUGUGAGGAAAAUGUCAGAUUUGGCUAAUGAAUUCAACUUGGAGCAGUAGGCCUAAUGUUGAAGUUGCUGGCCGUUCCUAAAGGCUUGUGAGAAGACAAGUUCCUAAACAUGGCAUUGAAUAGAAUUCAAUUGGUAAAAGGGCUAGAAGAUGUGACGCUGUGUGAGAAAGAAGCCUGUACAUUUGAGGUGGUCCUCAGUCAUGCGUACGUCCAGGGUCAAUGGAGCAGGGAUGGAGUCCCACUUAAAUCCAGGCCUGUGUGUCGAAUUGCCACGCAGGGCAAAAAACACACACUCACACUCACGCGCAUCACGGUUGCUGACAUGGGUGUCAUCAGUUUCAAGGCUGAAGGGAUUGAAAGCACUGCUAUGCUGACAGUCACAGCCAGGAAUAUAAAGAUUGUGAAGACUCUUCAGAAUGUCAGUGUGACCGAGAGGGAGAGUGUGACAUUUAUCUGUGAGGUCAACUGGGAAGAUGUGGAUGGGAAGUGGUACAAGGAUGACAGCCGGUUGAGAGCUGGGGACAAUGUUAAAAUAAGAUGUGAGGGUAAAAUACACUCCCUAACCUACAAAUCAGUCAAACCAGAAGAUGCUGGUGAGAUCAGAUUCACUGCUGAGAGGGUCUCUUCAACAGCAACACUAGGAGUCAAAGAGCUUCCAGUUCAUAUUGUGAAGCCCCUGAGAGUGAAGAUUGCCAUGUACAAACAUCGUGCCUUGCUGGAGUGCCAGGUCUCUCGUGCCAAUGCUGCGGUUAAAUGGUACAGAAGAAAUCAUGAAAUUGUGCCAAAUAGGAAGUACCAAACUAUCAGUGAAGGCGUGUACCGACAACUUAUCAUAGAUGAUGUGGGAUCCUCAGAUGAAGACACCUUUAUCUGUGAUGCUGUCGAUGACAGGACUUCCUGCCAACUGUUUGUAGAGGAGCAGGCCAUCAGCAUUUUGAAAGGACUCAGUUCUGUGGAGGUCAUGGAGCCUAAAGAGGCUCGUUUUAAAGUGGAAACAAGCAUUAAGUUAGAGAGGGCACCGAAAUGGACCCUGAAUGGGCAGAUACUAUGUCCCUGUCCAGAAAUCAGGAUUGAGAGGCAAGGAACCUCAAACAGACUCAUAUUGACUCAAACCGACAGUAGUAUGUGUGGCACUGUGCAGUUCACCUCGGGGAAGAGCAAGUCAGAAGCUCAACUCACAGUUACAGAGCGCCCUUUGAUUGUCAAACAGCCCAUUUCUGAUGUGGAGGUGAAGGAGAACAGGUCAGUUGCUCUCAGCUGUGAGUUCUGUCCAUCCCCCAGAAUGGUGCGCUGGUUCAAGGGUAGAACCUCCCUGUUUGCUUCCAAUAAGUACACAAUGAAGCGGGAAAAGAACCGGGUUGAGAUGACCAUCAUGGGUGUGAAAGCAGCAGAUUCAGGAGAGUAUCGCUGUCUGGCUGGUGGCUCAGAGACAAGAGGAAGAGUCAGUGUGGAAGUGAAAAGGUUGAAGAUCAUAAGACACUUAGAGCAAGUAGAGGUCGAGGAGGAUGGAACUGCAGUGUUCAGCUGUGAACUGAAUCACGAGUCACCCAGUGUCCAGUGGCUGCUCAAUGACCGAGUCCUAUACACCAACCACAUCAACAAAAUCCAGAAUUCUGGAAAAGCAUACAGUCUGAUUUUAAAACGACUAGCUCCUCAAGAGAGCCGUGUAACAUUCAAAACAUUUGAUAUCAGCGAGUCUGCGUUCCUCAGGGUCAGAGAGAAGCUAGCAGUGUUUCUCAGGUCACUGGAGGACGUAGCAGGUGAGGAACGUGGUGAAAUCCUUUUGCAGUGUGACGUUUCCAAGCCAUCAGUGACACCUGUCUGGAGGAAAGAUGGUGAAAUUCUGACCACCAAUGAGAAGUAUGAGAUUCUCCAUGUGGGAAAGUCAUUGACUCUUAUAAUUCGCAAGCUGAGAAAGGACGACAGAGGAGAGUACAGUUGUGAUAUUGGCUGCAGCCAAACUAAAGCGAAAGUCAUAGUUCAUGACCUGCACAUUACCAUUGUCAAACGCAUACGGACAACAACUGUGCUGGAAGGGGAAAGCUGCAGCUUUGAGUGUGUCCUGUCCCAUGAUAUCAUUGAUGAAGCAUCGUGGAUUUUGAAUGGCCAACUGAUUGUGAGCAAUGGACAGAUCAUAGUCGCUAACAAAGGGUGCAAAUACACAAUGAGCAUUCAGGAAGUUACAAUAUCUGAUGCCGGCGAAGUGGUCUUUACCAUUAAAGAGCUCAGCUGCAGGACUAUGCUGUUUGUGAAAGAGAAACCUGUGAGAGUUUUUAGGGAUAUGCUAAAUGUUAAAGCAACACCUGGUGAAGAUCCAGAGCUCAGCUGUGAGAUCACGAAACCUGAUGCAACAGUUAAAUGGCUGAAAAAUGGGCGGCUAAUUAGAGUCAGCCCAAAAUAUGAAAUUACCCAAAAUAAUUAUCUGGUGAAGCUCAUCAUCCAUAAUGCAGCUAUAAUGGACUCAGGAGAGUACUGCUGUGAGGCUGAUGGGAUUGCUACAAGGGCGAGAUUAGAUGUCAGAGACUUGCAACAUACAUUUGCAAAGGAACUGAAGGAUAUGCGUGCAGAGGAAAAGGGUAUGGUGACCAUGGAGUGUGAAACCAGGAGGCCUGCUGCUACUGUGACCUGGUUAAAAGGCCUAAUGGUGCUCAGCUCGGGACAGAAGUACAUGAUGAAGAAGAAAGAUGUUGUCCUCAUUCUGACCAUCUUCAAUCUGGAGAAAAGUGACUGUGCUGUCUACACCUGUGAUGUUGGGACAAUGCAGAGCAGGGCUUUACUUACAAUUCAAGGUCAAAAAGUGGUCAUUGUGGAUGAACUAGAAGAUAAAGAGUGUCUAGAAGGAGAUACCAUCACCUUUAAGUGUCGGAUCUGCCCAAGUGACUACACUGAUGUCAAAUGGUACCUGGAUGAGACCUUGCUCUACACUAAUGAUCUUAAUGAGAUCAAGAUGAUACCUGGUGGAUACCACACUCUUACCUUCAAACAGCUUGCACGUAAAGACACCGGCACCAUCUCCUUCGAGGCUGGGGACAAAAGAUCAUACGCAUCACUAUUAGUUAGAGAGAGACGCCCCACGAUAACUAAAGCAUUGGAAGACACAGAAGCAAUCGAAGGAGGAAGUUUGGUGCUGUUAUGCAAGACCUCAAAGCCAUGUCAUAUUGUUUGGUACAAAGAUGGCUGUUUAAUCUGGAAUUCCUCAAAGUACUUAGUGAGUCGAUCGGGAAAUGAGGCCAGGCUGGCCAUCCGUGAUGUGAAAGACAGUGACGCGGGUGUGUAUGAGUGCGAUGCAGGAUCUGUCAGCACUAAAGCCACCGUGACUGUUAAAGUUAUUCCUGCUGAGUUUACAAAAGCGCUUCAGAACCAAGAGGUCAAAGAGGGAGAGAGUGUAACGCUGAUGUGCGAAUACUCUAUACCCGGGGUCCAGUUUGUGUGGCGCAAAGGACCCGAGACGCUAAAAUCUAGUGAGAAGUAUCACAUGAGGCAGAGGAAAUCUUGCAUUUCUCUUAUAAUACACAAUCUGAAGCCAGAAGAUUCAGGGAAUUACACAUGCAUUUGCAGAGACCAAAGAACUAUGGCUACUCUUACAGUCAAUGCGGUUCCUAUAUCAUUUAUUAAAGAGCUCAAGAACCAAGAGACAGAUGAAGGUAAAAAUGUGAUAUUACGCUGUGAGCUUUCUAAAGCUGGAAUCCCAGUGGAAUGGUUGAAAGGUGAACAAACUCUCUUGCCUGGGGAGAAGCAUCAGAUGAGGCACAUAGUCACCAUACUAGAGCUGGUAAUCAGAAGUCCAGUUCCUGAGGACAGUGGAACAUACAUCUGUGUGUGUGAGGAUCAAAGGACCAAAGCCAUUGUCAAAAUACGAACUCAACCUAUCGCGUUCAAACAGAAGUUAAGAAAUCAAAUGGCUGAAGAGGGAAACAGUAUAAUCUUACACUGCGAGAUAUCCAAAUCAGACACCCCUGUCCAGUGGAGAAAAGGAAGCAACCUUCUCAGAUCUGGGGAGAAGUACAAAAUCAGGCAGAGAGGCUGCAUGCUAGAGCUGAAGAUUUUUAAUUUGACGCAAGAUGAUAGCGGAGUCUAUAGCUGUACGAGCGAAACUGCUGAGACAUCAGCCAACAUCACAGUUAGCGCUCAACCUGUUACUUUUAAAGAGAAGCUGAAAAACCUGGUAGCCGAGGAAGGGAAGAUGAUAACAUUGCACUGUGAGCUUUCUAAAACCGGUGUCCCAGUAGAAUGGUGGAAUGGAGAGGAACUGCUCCAGCCUGGAGAGAAGUAUAAGAUGAGAGAACGAGACACAUCAGUUGAGCUGAUCAUCUGUGAGGCCAUGCCUGAAGACAGUGGAGUCUACAGAUGUGUCUGUGGAGACCAAAAGACCAAAGCUACAGUCAAAAUUGUUGGUGCUCCUGCUAGUUUUAAGCAAAACCUUAAGAACCAAGAAGCUCUGGAAGGCAAAUCUAUAACCCUUCACUGUGAGCUUUCCAAAACUGGAGUACCUGUGGAAUGGUGGAGAGGAGAUAAACCGCUCCUUCCAGGGCCACAGUACCAGAUGAGGCUGGAUGGAAAGACUGCAGAGUUGGAAAUAACUAAUGUUUUCCCUGAUGAUGCUGGGAUAUACAGCUGUGUGACUGGAAGCCAAAAGACCACAGCUGAAGUGAAUGUCAAACCACUUCCAAUUACUUUCAAACGAGAGCUUCAGAAUCAGAUAUCUACAGAGGGUGAGAGUGCAGUAUUUACCUGUGAACUUUCAAAGCCUGGUGCUCCAGUUGAGUGGAGGAAAGGUAGAGUGAUGCUGAAAAGCGGAGCCAAAUAUCAUAUGACGCUUGAGGGGCGAUUAACCAAACUGCUGAUAAAUAAUCUUGUUGAGGGUGAUGCGGGAAAUUACACCUGCAAAGCCAAAGAUUCACAAUCGACAGCCGAAUUGACGGUUCAAGGACUCCCUGCUACCUUUAAAACAAAUUUGAAGAACCAAGAAACUCAGGAGGGGAACGGUGUCAAUCUGCACUGUGAACUUUCUAAGGCUGGAGUUCGAGUAGAGUGGUGGAAAGGAGAAGAACUGCUCAAGACUGGAGAAAAAUAUCAGUUGAGACAGAAAGAAGCAACAGUAGAGUUGUUAAUAAGGAAGGCACAACCAGAAGACAGUGGAGUGUAUCGCUGCAUAUGUGGAGAUCACAAGACUGAAGCCACCAUCAAAGUUAAUGCUCUCCCCAUCACUUUCAAACAAGAACUUAAGAAUCAAGAGGGUGAAGAAGGGAACAACAUCACAUUGCGCUGUGAACUCUCUAAGGCCAGUGCUGAUGUGAAGUGGUUGAAGGGAGAGGAAAUCCUAAAGCAUGGAGAAAAGUUCCAGUUGAGACAGAUAGCAACUAAAAUGGAGCUCGUUAUCAGAAAAGCCAUACCUGAAGACAGUGGAGUCUACUUUUGUGUAUGCCCUGAUCAGACAUCCAUAGCUACAGUUAAAAUCAAUGCUCUCCCGAUCACUUUCAAACAAAACUUGAGAAAUCAAGAAGCGGUGGAAGGCAACACAGUUGCUUUCCGUUGUGAGCUUUCCAAACCAGGAGCUAUGGUGAAAUGGUGGAGGGGUGAAGAGUUGCUGCAGGUUGGAGAAAAGUACCAGAUGAGGACUGAGGGACGGAUUGCUGAACUUCUCAUUAAAAAUGUCAACUCUGAAGAUGUCGGCUUCUACAGCUGCACUACCGGAAAGGAAAAAACGACAGCGGAGGUCAAAGUUAGGGCUCUACCUGUCACUUUUAAACGAGAACUUCAAAACGAAGUAACCAAAGAAGGUGGGCAAGCUGUGUUUAGCUGUGAGCUCUCUAAACCUGGUGCUCAAGUCGACUGGAGAAAAGGAAGAGUUAUUCUCAAGCCUGAUGACAAAUAUGAAAUGAAGCAAGAGGGUACAUUCACCAAACUGGUCAUACGUAAUGUUGAAGCAAGUGAUGCUGGGAACUAUUCGUGUAAAACCAAGGAUUCUGAGUCAACUGCUGAGCUAACCGUGAAGGUUCCACCUAUCACUUUUAAAGUCAAGUUGAAAAAUCAGGAAGUUGAAGAAGAAAAUAAACUUGUGUUGCACUGUGAGCUUUCAAAAGCUGGAUGUCCUGUUGAAUGGAGGAAGGGGGAAGAGCUUCUUAGGUCAGGAUAUAAAUAUCAAAUCCGAGAACAUGAUGUUACAAGGGAGCUGAUCAUCACAAAGGCCAUGCCUGAAGACAGCGGAGUCUACAGCUGCAUUUGUGGGGAGCAGAAGACCAAAGCCACGAUCCGAGUAUUCGCCACACCAGUAACGUUCAAACAAAACCUGAAGAACCAAGAGGCCCCUGAGGGAGGUGUUGUUAUUCUGCAUUGUGAGCUCUCCAAAGCUGGGGUACCAGUAGCAUGGUUAAAAGGGGACGAGGAGCUCUGCAAUGGGACUAGAUACAAGAUCAAGCAGGAGGGAUUGGUUGCCGAAUUACACAUUAAAAAUGUUCUUCCCAUGGAUGUUGGGGAAUACAGCUGCAUUGUUGGAGACCAGAAGACUACAGCUGAAGUUAAUGUUAGGGCUGCUGCCUCUGUGUUCUUUGAGAAAGAGCUUGAGAGUCAAGAAGCAAUGGAGGGGGAUUCUGUCCUGUUUCGUUGUUUGCUCUCUAGCGAUAAUGCCCCAGUGACUUGGAGAAAAGAUGCAAAUCAGAUCACACAGGGUGGGCGAUAUACCCUCCACCGUAAAGGUUCAACUCAGGAGCUCGAAAUCAGGAAACUGAGAGUGCAGGAUGCUGCCGUGUACUCAUGCAGCGUCAGAGGCAAGAACACCUCUGCGACCCUCAGAGUGAUAGAGCGUGUGAGGAUUGUGAAAGGACUGCGUGACUUGACAGUUACUGCAGGCGAGAGCGCACACUUUAUGUGCGAGCUUUCACAUGAGAACAUCCUUGACGGGAUUUGGUGGCUUGGUUCCAAUGAACUUCAGGAGAACGAGAUGAACCAGAUGAGUAUCUGUGGUCGAGAACAUCACUUGGUGCUCACUAUGACCACAACCGAAGAGUCAGGUGAUGUGUCCUUUGAGGUGGGAAAUGAAAAGACCUCUGCUCGUCUUUGCGUGAACAGCAAACCUACAGUUUUCAUAGAGGAAAGACUGAAGGACAUGAUCAUUUUUGAGGGAGAUUCUGCCACCCUAUCCUGUGUGACUUCUGACACCUGCACACCUGUCACCUGGAAACGAAAUAAUGUAACCCUGCUCUCUGGGGAAAAGUAUGAACCUCUGAAACACGGGAAACGUAAUGUUCUUCUGAUUCAUAAAGUCAGAAAAGAGGAUGCUGGGAUUUACAUGUGCGAUACAGGAGACAUGCAGAGUAGUGCUACUCUUACAGUCAAAGAACGUCCUUUGUUUUUCUGCCGGGAGCUCCAAAACCAAGAAGCAGAAGAAGGUGAGACUACUUUCUUGUGCUGUGAAUUGUCUCAACCUGGAGUUGCAGUUGAGUGGAAGAAGGGAGCAGUUCUUCUUAGGCCUGGUAACAAAUAUGAUAUGAAACAGGAUGGAUGUGAGCUUCAGCUACAGAUCAAUGACCUCACAAGUCAAGACAGUGGGGCCUACAGGUGUUGUGCCGAUGGCAUUGAGACAAGGGCUAGUAUUACUGUAAAAGAACGUCCUUUAUUUUUCCAUGAAGAGCUCCAAAACCAAGAAGCAGAAGAAGGUGAAUCAGCAUUCCUGUGCUGUGAGCUCUCUAAACCUGGAGUAGCAGUACAGUGGAAAAAGGGGGCAAUGCUGCUGAAGAAUGGACAGAAGUAUGAGAUGACGCAAGAGGGCAAUGAAGUACAACUUCAGAUCCAUGAUCUCACAAGUCAAGAUAGUGGUAUCUACAGAUGUUGUGCUGGCAACAUAGAGACACGGGCUAAUAUUAUUGUUAAAGAGCAACCUCUUUUCUUCUGUGAGGAACUCCAUAACCAGGAAGCAGAGGAGGGCGAGACAGCCUUCCUUUGCUGUGAGCUCUCUAAACCUGGAGUUGAAGUGCAGUGGAAGAAGGGAGCAAUACGAUUGAGACCAGGAGACAAAUAUGAGAUGAAACAAGAUGACUGCAAAGCACAGCUACAGAUCCAUGACCUGACACGUCAGGAUAGUGGCACAUACAAGUGCUGCUCUGGAAGCCUGGUUACCACAGCAUCCAUUGUAGUCAAAGAACAUCCUUUGUACUUCAUCAAGAUGCUUGAGUGUCAAGAAGCAGAAGAGGGCGAAACUGCCUUACUUUGCUGUGAGCUUUCCAAACCUGGGGCUGCCGUACAGUGGAAGAAGGGAUCUGUGCUGCUAAAGCCUGGAAGGAAGUAUGAAAUAAAGCAGAAUGGUAGUGAACUGCAGCUUCAGAUCCAUGAGCUCACAAGCCAAGACAAUUGUGUCUACACAUGCUCUGUUGGUAGUCUAGUGACUUCAGCUUCUCUGGAAGUGAAAGAACAACCUCUGUUUUUCUGUGAGGAGCUCCAAAAGCAAGAAGUAGAAGAGGGUGAGACUGCCAUUCUGAGCUGUGAGCUCUCUAAACCUGGAGUGGAAGUGCAGUGGAGGAAGGGAAUUGUUUUGCUUCGACCAGGAAACAAAUAUGAGAUGAAGCAAGAUGGCUGUAAAUUACAGCUUCUGAUACAUGAGCUCAACAGUCAGGACAGUGGUGUCUACAAAUGUUGUGCUGGUAACUUGGUGACCACAGCAUCUAUCGAUGUGAAAGAAUCACCAGUUGUCUUCCAAGAGGAGCUCCAAAGCCUUGAAGCAGAGGAAGGUGAGACGGCCACCCUGACCUGUGAGCUCUCUAAACCUGGAGUUGCUGUGCAGUGGAAGAAGGCAGCAGUGUUGCUAAAGCCAGGCAACAAGUAUGCGAUGAAACAAGAUGGCUGUCUACAACAGCUUCAAAUAUAUGACCUGAAACAUGAAGAUAAUGGCUCGUAUAAAUGUUGUGCUGGCAGUCUGGUGACAACUGCUUCACUUGUGGUAAAGGAACAACCCUUGUUCUUUUCCAAGGAGCUCCAAAACCAAGAAGCAGAAGAGGGUAGGACAGCAAUAUUUUGCUCUGAGCUCUCUAAACCUGGAGUUUCUGUACAGUGGAAGAAGGGAACAGUGUUGCUGAAGCCUAGUAGAAAAUAUGGGAUUAAAGAGGAUGGUUGUCAACUGCAGCUUCAGAUACAUGAGCUAACAGUUCAGGACAGUGGGGCCUACAAAUGUUGUGCUGGUAGCCUGGUCACAACUGGAUCUCUUGUGAUAAAAGAAAAACCAUUGUACUUCUCGGAGGAGCUCCAAAACCAUAAAGCAGAGGAGGGUAAGACAGCCAUAUUGUGCUGCGAGCUCUCUAAACCUGGAGUUUCAGUGCAGUGGAAAAAGGGAACAGUGCUUUUGAAGCCUAGUAACAAAUAUGAGAUUAAAGAGGUUGGCCGCAAUCUACAGCUUCAGAUCCAUGAGCUAACAGCUCAGGACAGUGGGGCCUACCAAUGUUGUGCUGGGAACCUGGUCACAACUGCUUCUCUUGUAAUAACAGAAAAGCCAUUGUUCUUCUCUGAGGAGCUCCAAAACCAAGAAGCAGAGGAGGGUAAGACAGUCACACUGCACUGUGAGCUCUCUAAACCUGGAGAUUCAGUGCAAUGGAAGAAGGGAACAGUUUUGUUGAAGGCUAGUAAAAAAUACGAGAUAAAACAGGAUGGCCGUGAACUACAGCUUCAGAUCAAUGAGCUAACAGCUCAAGACAGUGGGUCCUACAAAUGUUGUGUUGGGAAACUUGUCACAACUGCUUCUCUUGUGGUUAAAGAACAGCCAUUGUUCUUCUCUGAGGAGCUCCAAAACCAAGACGCAGAGGAGGGUAACACAGUUACAUUGCACUGUGAGCUCUCUAAACCUGGAAUUUCAGUGCAGUGGAAAAAGGGAACAGUGCUUUUAAAGCCUAGUAAAAAAUAUGAAAUUAAACAGGAUGGCCAGCAGCUACAGCUUCAGAUCCAUGAGCUAACAACUCAGGACCGUGGGGCCUACAAAUGUUGUGUUGGGAGCCUUGUCACAACUGCUUCUCUUGUGGUAAAAGAACAUCCCUUGUUCUUCUCUGAGGAGCUCCAAAACCAAGAAGCAGAGGAGGGUAAGACAGUCACAUUGUGCUGUGUGCUCUCCAAACCUGGAGUUUCAGUGCAGUGGAAGAAGGGGACAGUGCUUUUGAAGCCUAGUAAAAAAUAUGGGAUAAAACAGGAUGGCCGUCAGCUACAGCUUCAGAUCCAUGAGCUAACAGUCCAGGACAGUGGGGACUACAAAUGUUGUGUUGGAAACCUGGUCACAACUGCUUCUUUUGUGGUAAAAGAAAAGCCAUUGUUCUUCUCUGAUGAGCUCCAAAACCAAGAAGCAGAGGAGAGUAAGACAGCCAUAUUGUGCUGUGUGCUCUCUAAACCUGGAGUUCCAGUGCAAUGGAAGAAGGGAACAGUGCUUUUGAAACCUAAUAAAAAAUAUGAGAUAAAACAGGAUGGCCGUCAACUACAGCUUUGUAUCCAUGAGCUAACAACUCAAGACAGUGGGGCCUACAAAUGUUGUGUUGGAAGCCUUGUGACUACUUGCUCUGUUACAGUGAAUGAGCAACCAAUAUUCUUCUGCAAGAACCUCCAAAGCCUUGAAGCAGAGGAAGGUGAGACAGUCACCCUGACCUGUGAGCUCUCUAAACCUGGAGUUGCUGUGCAGUGGAAGAAGGGAACAGUGUGGCUAAAACCUGGAAACAAGUAUGAAAUGAAACAAGAUGGCUGUGUGCUACAACUCCAGAUACGUGACCUGAAAAGUGAUGAUAGUGGCUCUUAUAAAUGUUGUACUGGUAGUAUGGUGACAACUGCUUCUCUUGUGGUAAAGGAACAUCCCUUGUUCUUCUCUAAGGAGCUCCAAAACCAAGAAGCAGAGGAGGGUAAGACAGUCACAUUGCACUGUGAGCUCUCUAAACCUGGAGUUUCUGUGCAGUGGAAGAAGGGAGCAGUAAUACUUAAACCAGGUAAAAAAUAUGAGAUAAAACAGGAUUGCCACCAACUACAGCUUCAAAUCCAUGAAGUAACAGCUCAGGACAGUGGGGUCUACAAAUGCUGUGCUGGAAGCCUGGCAACUAAUGGUUCAGUUAAAGUGACAGAGCAACCUGUAUUCUUCUGCAAGAACCUUCAAAACCUUGAAUCUGAAGAAGGUGAAACUGCAUUCCUGACAUGUGAGCUCUCAAAACCUGGAGUUGCCGUGCAGUGGAAAAAGGGAUCAGUGUUGCUAAAACCAGGAAACAAGUAUGAGAUGAAACAGAAUGGCUCUGAAUUACACCUUCAAAUCCAUGAUUUAAAAUGUCAGGACAGUGGUGUCUACAAAUGCUGUGCUGCUAGGAUGGAGACAACAGCUUCUGUUGUUGUAAAAGAAGCUCCACCUAAAAUUAAAGAUAUCCCUCAAGCCCCACCAAGAAUAAAAGGAAAAAACAUUAUGGAAGAAACACACAGUGGUCUAGUCCAUAAGAAACAAGCUGCAGUCAUUGAGGAAUCAGCCAUCUCUAUCUUAGAGCCAUCAGAGGUUCACUUCCAGGAUCUCUGUGAGAAACUCACAGAUGACCAGGAAGUCAAGAGAAAAUCAUUGGUGAGACAAAAGGGAAAAGAUGUGAGUUCCAAAAUGGUUAUCAAUGAGUCUAGUUGCACCAUGGGAGAACCUGAAAUUCCUUCUCUUGCAACCAAUGUACCUGAAGAACAAAGAAAGAAGGAGUUGGACACAGAUUCCAAAUGGGUUACUAAGAUUUCUGUGGACCAUCACAAUGAAGAGAUCUCAGGACAAGUUCAAAAGAAAACUCCAAGCAUAGAUACAAAUGAACAGAGCAAGGAACCACCCAGAGACAUUCCCCUGCCUCCACCGCGGUCAAAGGGUAAGACAACACAUCCAGAUGAUUCACUCCAAGAUCAGCACAGUGUUAAAGACCCAACUCUUGACAAGAGAGGCAAGGAACAAGAUGUUGUCAUUGAGGCUACUGUGGAGACCACAAAGUCAUCAAAGCAUGUUGACCUAACAGUGUCACUCCCUAAAGAGAAUGUGUCCCAGCUACAUGCUGAAACCAAAAGGCAGCCCUUUGUUUUGGAAGCAAAGAUCCAAGAUAUGGACAUAAAACAAACUGUGAAUACCACUUUGAAGAAAUCAGAACAUGGCUUGUAUACCCCAGUCUUCAAAGAGAUACCAGCGAAACACAUUGAAUCAUCUCAGGAACAACCAUGUCAUUUAGAAGGAAAAAAUCAGUAUAUCAAACAGAAAUCAACUGUAAAAAAGGAACCAAAGAAAGAGCAAAUUGUGAACAAGGAAACAGAGUUGGAAGAAUUUGCCCUGCAUACAAAUAAAAAGAAGGCACCAAAACAGAAAUCACUGGAUAAGAAUGCAGCAUAUGAAAAUCAAAGUGUCCAAUCUGAAAAGAGAUCAGAAACUGAAAAGGUUCAAUCCAUGAAUGAACAUCAUGAAACCAUAGCACCAAGUAUUGCAAUUACAAGCCAGAAACACAAAGAACAAAUCCUUUGUGCACAAAGAGACACCACAAUGCCCGUUAGAGAUGUGCAGAAGGAAUUACAGGCAGGUGAACUGAAUUUACCACACAUUGAUAGUGGAGAACUGAAACAUGUCAAGCAGGCUGUGGAUGAACAUCAUGGAAAAGUACCAAAGCAUGUUACCGGAAAAGCGACAAAUAUUACAAUUGCAAGCCAAUUUAAAGAAGAAAUAAUUCCUGCAGAGAAAGCUACAACAAUGUCCAUUAGGGAUGUGCAAAGGGAUUCAAAGGAAGUGGAACCAAACUUACUACUCAUUGAUAGCGGAGAGGAGAAAAAUGUGAAGCAGGUCAUAGAUGAACAUAACGUAAAAGUACCAAAGCAUGUUAAGGAAAAGGCACCAAGCAUUACAAGACAGCAGUUAAGAGACCAAAUAAUUCCUGCAGAGAAAGCUAUAACAAUAUCUUUUAGGGAAGUGCAGAAGGCAUCACAGGAAGUUGAACCAAACUUGCCACACAUGGACAAUAAAGAUCAGAAAAAUGUGAAGGAGGUUGUCCUUGAAGGACAGAAGGAAGAUGUUUCCAGAGGAUCGAACACUCAACCUGAGGAGAUGAUGCCAGAGCAGAUCACAAGUGUGAAUACUGACAAACAGAAGAGUUUAAAAGCAGAACACGGUGGUCCUGGUAUAGACAUAGAUUUUGAAGAUGAGCCAGAGAUGCUUGAGGCUGCGAUUAAAAUACAAGCUGCUUUCAAGGGCUACAAAACUAGAAAGGACAUGCAGCUCAUCUUUAAAGAAGUGUUCAAGAACCAGAAUAUUGAUCUUGGUGGCACUGCAUUCCUAGAGUGUGUUGUGGAAGGUAAAAUAAGCACUGUGCGUUGGCUUAAAGAUGGAGUAGAUCUCAAGCCUGGGGAAAGGCACAAAAUCACCCAUAAUGCCUAUGGUAGGUGUCUUCUAGAAAUUUCCAGCUUUACAAACAAAGAUGCUGGAAUCUACACAUGCGAAGUUGCAAACAAUUUUGGAGCAAUUAGUUACAAUGGGAAUGUGAUAGUGGGUAAACCACAGAAGUCAUCACAAACAAUUCAGACUGCACAAACACCAGGUACAGAAAUGAUCUCUGAGAAAGAGGUUUUGCCAACAAUUAACACUGAAGAGGAGUCAUUGAGACUCGUCUAUGACCUACCGGCAGAUGACACCUACAGCAAGAUCCAGGAGAAAAGGAGAAGUCUAAUUUCAGUCAGCUCUAUAUCCUGUUACUCAGAUUAUGACACAGCCCCAGAUGUUGAGACAGAAUACCAAUCUAGAGGAAGUAAAGAGGCAGGGAAGUCAAAAACUGAGGCUUCUACUACUCAGACUUGUGAAGAAGAAAAAAUUAUUAGUGUACAAUCCCCAAAGAAUACAGACCAGCUAAAAGUGAAAGGUGGUGAUUCACAGAGCCAGACACCCUCACCCAAACGCAUGCAUUCCUACAAGUCCUCUGCAAAUGCUGAGUCGUUCUCUGAGUCAGAUGGAGAUGAGGAUAGAGGAGAGACCUUUGAUAUUUAUGUAGCCAAAAGUGAUUGUCAGCCUCUGGGAGGAAACAAAGAGGCUUUUGUACUAAAGGAAGGCCAGUUUGUGGAGGUCCUGGACUCAGCCCAUCCUGUGAGGUGGCUUGUCCGUACAAAGCCAACCAAGAUCACACCAUCCCGUCAAGGCUGGGUAUCCCCUGCGUACCUAGAAAAGAAGACAAGGGAAAUAUUUUCAUUGGCCCAUGAAGCAGAGACAAAAGAAUCCGCUGAGAAAGGCAAAACAGUUUUUACAAAGGAUGAGCACAGUUUGAUCCAAAGUCGCUUGAUCAAGGGACUCCUUGAUGGUGAGAAUAAUUUUGUGCGCGAGAUGAUCUUCUUUGUAGAGCACCAUUUACAAUACUUAGAGACAAGCUCUCAAGUUCCUCUCACCAUCCUAAGUCAAAAAGAGUACAUAUUCCUCAAUAUCAGAGAUAUUGCAAGUUUCCAUGAAUGCUGUAUUCUCCCUAAGCUGGAGAUGUGUUUCUCAGAUGAUGAUGUAGCACAGUGUUUUGUCAGUUAUGCACUGGACUUUGAGAUGUAUCUCCAGUACAUUACAGGCCUGCCCCAAGCCGAGGCUUGCAUCUCAGACAAAAACACACAGCAUUUCUUCAAGCAAUAUGCAAACACAGAGUUGGCACAUUUGGAUACCAAGGUCUUCAGCGUUAGCACGUAUUUGCAGAGACCCAUGGAGAGAAUUCAAACAUACAAAAAUGUACUUAAGGAGCUGAUCAGGAACAAAGCAAAAAGCGGACAGAACUGUUGCCUGCUGGAGGAUGCCUUUGCCAUUAUUUCCAGCUUGCCUUGGCAUGCAGAGAACUUGCAUCAUCUGUCCAUGAUUGAGAAUUACCCUGCACCUCUCAAGGGGCUUGGAGAACCCACUAGACAGGGCCAUUUUACAGUAUGGGAGGAAAUUCCUGAGGUCAAAAUCUCUCAAAGAGGACAUCGCCGCCACGUCUUUCUCUUCAAAGAUUGUGUUGUCUUCUGCAAGCCGAAGAGAGAACUUGGCACAUACACUGAGGCCUACAUAUUCAAGAAUAAGAUGAAGCUGAGUGAUAUUGAUGUAAAGGAUACAGUGGAAGGAGAUGACAGGUCAUUUGGUCUUUGGCACGAGCACCGGGGAAUGGUGAGAAAAAUCAUUCUGCAAGCUCGAUCCAUCCUCCUCCGCCUCUCCUGGCUCAAAGAUCUGAGAGACCUGCAGCAGCGCAGCAAACAGCCCACUUGGACUGUCCCAUGCUUUGAGCAGCAUCUUACUGACUAUCCAGCAAAGCUUGGACAAACUGUAAAGCUGGUCUGCAAAGUCACUGGUACACCAAAACCAGUAAUAAAGUGGUAUAAAGAUGGCCAUGCUGUGAAAGAAGACGAGCAUCACAUUACAUCAGAAGGACAGUUAGGUGCUUGUUAUCUUGUACUGACUGGUGUCAUAGAGGCGGACUCAGGUCAAUACAUGUGUUAUGCAACCAAUCAUGCAGGGAACGCAAGCACUCUGGCUAAUAUCAUGAUUGAUGUGCCUCCAAGUUUUACAACCAGAUUACAGAACUCAGUGCUUGUAAAGGGACAAGAUGUGCAGUUCAGGUGCUCCACACAAUCUGCUCCUUUACCAUCAAUAAGGUGGUUUAAGGAUGGCAUUCAGCUUGAGGAUAACAAGAAACACCAGAUUCAGUCUGAUGUCCAAACAGGAAUUCUCACUCUCACUAUAAAGAGAGCUGAAGAGGCAGAUCUAGGUCAAUACCAGUGUGAGCUACAGAAUGAAGUGGGCACUGCCAAGUGUAAAGUUGAACUCUGCCCUCCAGCACCAUUACCUGUGACAGUCAGGACCCAAAAGCAAUCACAAACUACCCCAACUCCAGAGCCCCAGUCAGAAGGUUGGUCCAGUUCCUUUGUGAAGAACCUGUUUCAUAUACUCUUUCAGCCUGGAAAUCCUGAACCACCUGCUGCUGGCGUUGAAGACACACAAACACUUAAAGAACAGGAUGACAUGGAGAGGCAAGUACAGGCGGCACAGGAAGCGGGACCCAUGGAGCCUGAGGAACACUUUUACUCAGACACAGAGGAGGAAUUUCUGACAGAGCCUCCAGCUGUGCAAGUGACCAUUGAAGACCUGACAGUCCGGCCUGGUCAGCCUGCAACAUUCUCCGCCAUUAUUACUGGCCAGCCCACCCCAGAUAUUCAGUGGUUUAAGGAUGACAAGGAAAUCUUAUCCAGUGACUACACAGAAAUAUUUCAAAGUAGUGCACGUUGCUCCCUCACUUUGCUAAAUACUCAAAUAGAGGAUUGUGGCACCUACACCUGCAUAGCUAUUAACAGUGCAGGACAAGCAUCUUGCCUCGGCAAACUCAGUGUUGACACAGGUCCAGAUGACAUUGAGGAAGAGAGAGAAGUGGAGUUUGGAAAAAGACGGAAAUUACAUUCUGUAUAUGAUAUUCAUGAAGAGAUAGGGAGGGGCACUUUUGGAGUGGUUAAAAAAGUCACACACAAGGCGAGUGGUGAAUGUUUUGCUGCUAAGUUCCUUCCACUCAGAAGCAGCACGCGGACCAGAGUGUUCCAGGAGAGAGACCUACUGUCCCGUCUAGCUCACCGCAGACUAGCAUGCCUCUUGGACUUUUUCGCUACAAGACGCACACUGGUGUUGGUUGUAGAAUUAUGUUCUACACAGGGGUUACUAGAUCAUUUGUUUUUAAAGGGAUCAGUUUCAGAGAGGGAGGUCCAGUUAUAUAUUCAGCAGGUUCUGGAGGGCAUUGGAUACAUACACAGUAUGAACAUCUUACAUCUGGAUAUCAAAACAGACAAUAUCCUAAUGGAGUCCCCUGCGAGAGAAGACAUCCAAAUCUGUGAUUUUGGCUUCUGCCAGGAAAUUGACAACUCCAGACACCAGUACAGCAAGUUUGGGACACCUGAAUUUGUUGCACCAGAAAUUGUCCACCAAGAACCUGUGACAGUAGCCACUGAUAUCUGGUCUCUUGGUGUGGUUACUUACCUAUGCUUAACAUGCCACUGUCCUUUCUUCGGGGAGAAUGACCGUUCUACACUGAUGAAGGUCGCUGAGGGCGUGCUGUACUGGGACACACCUGAGAUCACAAACAGAAGUGUGGAGGCACAGGACUUCCUACAUAGGGUUCUACAGCCAGACCCAGAAGUGAGACCCUCUGCAUCUGAGUGUUUGAGUCAUGAGUGGUUUCAGGGUUAUUAUGAAGAUGAAGAACCUGAGGACAUAAAUACCAAAAAUCUAAAAUCUUUUAUUUCAAGAAGAAAAUGGCAGCGUUCCUUGACAUGUCUCGGCUCGGUUCUGACUUUGAGACCAAUCCCAGAGUUGUUGGAGGCUCCUCUGCAUGACGUUUCGAUUACAGCUACAAGGGAAACCCAGGAGCUCAGCAGCACCUCCCUAAGUAGUGGAUCCUCCUCAGAGUUUGAUGAAGCAGAUGCUUGGGACUUCUUCCAACAGGUGAGCCAGGAGGAUGAAGAUGACCUGGAAGAAGAGGAAGAAUAUGACCCAUACACUCAUGUGUCAAAGACGCCCACAGUUUUAAAACGGGAUGAAGAAGAUGUGCUUAUUGCUGAGGACCGCAUUCACAGUGGCCCGCUGGUGAUUUCCACGUCCACACCAUCAACAGAGCCAGUCAGUUUGGAGAGGAGGGACAGUAGCCCCUAUCUUCACCUCUCUGAGAGAGAUGAAGGAUUGGAUCCCAUACCACGUCGUAUCCUCAUCAAGAGCACUUUUUAUUGCAGCUCCGAGCAGCUCUCACCCAUGUCUGCUCGUCACAUGACGCUUCGGGAUAAAAUCCAAGCUAAAAAGCAAGAGCGUGGCCGUAAACCCCUCCGUGCCAGCCUCUCCGGCAGGUUAAAUGAGCCCCUCAUAGAGUAUGUAGAAGAUUCCCCAGAUUUAGAAGCUAAUCGUAACCAAAGAAGAGGAUCAAUGCAUUCAUCUAUCCUGAAGUCAAGUUCAUUUGAUAGUGGAGUGAGCGCUGCCCAUCCAAGCAUACACACCCAGAGAAGAAGCAGGUCAUUAGAUGUAUACACACAAUGCUCUCCAACUUCAACUGAGCCAACAGUGCAAGGAGAGGAUGAGCAUGAUGUUGAAGAAAGCCAGAAACCAGAUGUCACUGAUGAAGAAGAGGAGAAAACUGAAGAAGUCCAAGUGAGAAGGAAACUUUGCCGUCGCUCUGCGUUUUUGUCAAAGGGAUUCACAAAUCCAGUCAAACCAUCCAGGCCAGAUGUCAUUCAGCUAGCAGGAGGAGGAGUGCUUGUGUUCUGGAAACCUGUGCCAUCAAAAGAACUUGUCACAUAUUGUAUUCAGUAUAGUGUAAAUGGUGUGGAGUGGAGAAUGUUGGCAGAGAAUGUUACAGACAGCUGUUUUACAGUAAAUGCCCUUCCGAGAGGACCGGGAUAUAUGUUCAGAGUGUCCCAUAACACCAAGACAGGGUUGGCACCUUUUAGUGACCCUUCACCACCAGCCUUUAUGGCCACGCCUUAUGAAGACUCUCACAAUCCUCUCAUUAAAAUGGAAUCUAUUGGGUCAAAGGUCACUGUACCUGGAGGUCUUGGCACUGAGAAAUCUUACAGCUUCCUGUCUGAAAUCAACAGAGGCCGUUUCAGUGUGGUAAUGCAGUGUGAGGAUAGCCGCAGCUCUCAGAUGUUAGCCGCUAAGAUGACACUUUACAGACCAGAGCAGAGGCAGUUGGUUUUAAGGGAAUAUCAACUGCUUCGCCGACUGAACCACCCUCGAAUUGUCCAGCUGCAGUCGGCCAUUCUCACUCCCAGCUUCCUGGUGCUUAUAGAGGAGCUGUGCUCAGGACGAGAGCUUCUUUAUAACCUUGCAGAAAGGAAUCUAUAUUCAGAAACACAGGUGACUGACCUACUAGAGCAGAUUCUGAGUGCUGUGGAUUACUUGCACAGCAGACGCAUUGUACACCUGGACCUAAAGUCGGACAACAUGCUUGUGACGGGCCGAAAUGUAGUGAAGAUUGUGGAUUUGGGCUCUGCUCAGCCCUUCACUCCAGGACAGGCACUAAACAUUGAACACAUCAAAGAAAUGACAGAUAAUAAAGGUUAUAUUGUCCUUCCUAAAGCUCCUGAAAUCUUAGAAGGACAAGGAGUUGGACCUGAAACUGAUAUCUGGGCUGUUGGCGUUUUGGCUUUUAUAAUGUUGAGUGCAGACAGUCCCUUCCAUGCUGAUAUGACUUGGGAGAGGGAUCGAAACAUCAAAAAAGGCAAGAUCCAGUUUAAUCGUUGUUACCCAGGUCUCUCAGAGGGAGCCAUCAACUUUAUGAAGAAUACCCUGAGCAACAAAGCCUGGGCAAGACCUACAGCUGCAGAGUGCCUCCAAAACCCCUGGAUACAAGGAGACCGUCCUCCCUCCAAACACACUGACUCUGUGGUCUGCUAUUCAACAGACAAGCUGCAGGCCUAUAUCAGGGAACGAGAGGUCAAGCGAGACCACAUCCGCACAAAAAUUAAUCUGCCCCUCCCAUAAUUCAAGGGACAGAACAUAUUUGGAGGCUGAAAGUGUUGUGUGAAACUGUGAAAUGCUUUUUGUAGUUUUUCUCCCACAAGGAAAGAUUAUGAUGAAAAGCUUUAGCUGUAAUGAUAAUCAAUUAUAUUUCUUUAAAUAUAACAUUUUUCAACACAUGUAAUCAGGCAAUCUGCACGACAUGGCUUCAGUUAUUGCUUUGUAAUCUUUCAAAAAUGACAUUACUUACAUAAACACUGUUUUACAGUAGUGUAAAUAAAUGUCAUUUAAAUAGAUCAGUGGUAAUAGGGCUUUUGGUAUGCAUAUCUAUC